GUAAGGACCAUGUUCCUGUUUCCGUCAUUCCCUGUCCUUCUCCUGUCUGUGGUGACAGCUUCCUGCUCCGAAACAAAAGCCUGUGAGGAUGCCCAGAAGACCUGCUCCGUGAUUACCUGUGCCAUCCCCGUCACCAAUGGCACCCCAGGCAGAGAUGGGCGAGAUGGACCCAAGGGGGAAAAGGGAGAGCCAGGUCUGGGACAGGUUUCUGUGGCUUCCUAAAUCUCCACCUCCAGCAGGUGUUCAAGCAAAUCUGUGCUUGAGCCUGCCACACAAAGGUUAAAGCACAGACUUGGGGAGGUUCCCCUUUCAUCAGGACCCAAGCUACACUCAGAACAAUCCCUGUAAAAUACCAUUGUCUCCAAAACAAAGCUGCUUGCUGACUCUCCGGGAUCCCAUAUUUCCACAUAGGAACUGGGGGUGUGUGGUUGUCCCUACAGAGGGGUGUCCCACCUGCUUAGGGAGCUGGCCUUGGUGCAGGCCUUCCACUGGGAUGCAGGAGGGUCUUUCUUUUUUGGGUUACAUCGCUAGCUCACUGGCUGUUCAGGGGGUAAACAUGAAUGGAGUAUUGAGCUUUUUGGAAAAAAAGAAUGACAGUCACUGGGUCAUCGUCCCUUUGUCUUGCAACAGGUCAAGGGCUCAGAGGUUUGCAGGGCCCUCCUGGGAAGUUGGGGCCCCCAGGAAACACAGGGGCUCCUGGAAUUCCAGGACCAAGGGGCCAAAAAGGAGAUCGUGGGGACAAUUCAGUUACUGAGGCUAAGCUGGCCAACUUAGAGAGACAGCUACAGAGCCUGAGAUCAGAACUGGACCACAUGAAGAAACUGCAAGCCUUCUCCUUGGGGAAAAUGUCUGGGAAGAAGCUCUUCGUGACCAACGGUGAGCGGAUGCCUUUCUCCAAAGUGAAGGCUCUGUGUGCUGGGCUCCAGGCCACGGUGGCUGCCCCCAAGAAUGCAGAGGAGAAUAAGGCCGUCCAGGAUGUGGCCAAAGACAUUGCCUUUCUGGGCAUCACAGAUGAGGCAACCGAAGGCCAGUUCAUGUACGUGACGGGCGGGAGGCUGACCUACAGCAACUGGAAGAAGGAUGAGCCAAAUGACCACGGUUCAGGGGAGGACUGCGUGAUUCUCCUGAGCAAUGGGCUCUGGAAUGACAUCUCCUGCACGGCCUCCUUCAUCGCCGUUUGCGAGUUUCCUGCCUGAAGAGGCACGUUCCUCAACCCCCUUCUUGGCUCCCUAUUGAACUCUCUGCUGCUUUGGAAGAGAAUUCAAUGCUGGUUUUCUUCUG